UUAUAUAAGGUCCCUAGAUGCUCCUCUACCUCUCCCCCUUUCUUUUCCUUUCUUCUACCUUCUCGCUAAUUGCUACUUUCCUUUCCCUUCACUGUUCUUUCUUCUUGUUCCAAUGGGUUUCUUUGUAGAGGAUCCAGGGUUAAUUGUAACCCAUCUUCUUAACAAAACAGCUGUUGUUUUAGCAGUGUUAAGAUGGUUCUUGUCUUGGGCUCUUUGGUUUAAAGACAUAAGCUGCUUCUUUGCUACUACUUUUUCAUCUGAUUCCAAAGACAACUCUUCUUCUUCUUCCUUUGUUUCUUCACAAAUGAUUAGAGACAGUCUAGGGCUGACAACCUUUGAAGAUGCUAAGGAAAGGGUGCCUUGCGUUUCUGACACAUGUGCAGUCUGCUUGAGUCAGUUGAGGGUAGGUGACGACGUCAGGGCAUUGAGGAACUGCUGCCACGUGUUUCAUAAAGAUUGCAUUGACAGAUGGGUUGACUAUGAUCAAGAUCACGACCAUGAUUACGAGAAUGAUCACGAAGAUAAUCGCAAGACUUGCCCCCUUUGCAGGGCACCUUUACUCACUUCUUCUCAAAGCAUGGGCUGGCCUGAGAAUGAAACCAGCUGGGCUGUUGAGCAGCUGCUCUACCUAUUUGGCGAUGAUCUCCUUCCUUGAUCCACAUAAUUAUCCCUUUUUUUUUCCCUAGAGUUUCUUUCUUUUUACAUAUUGUUUACUCAAUUGAUAUUGAUAAUGGAGAUAGAGCUUGAAACAAUAAUUAUUGUAUAUUUAGCAGUCAAUUGAUAGUUUGGGCAUGGUGAAAAGGGUCAAUUUUGUUCUCUGGGUAGCUAUUGAGGAAAGGAGAAAAAAAAGCAAAGAAAAUAGUCAAAUGGUCUAAACUCCGAAGCUUGACCCGUCGAAUAUUUGUAUAUAUAAAUCAAAUACCUCUUACAAGUUUUU